AUGGACACCAACGACAACAUACCCGACAAGGUGGACAAUGCCGGCGAUUGCCACGACGACACCGCGCUGCUGCGUCGCAUCGACUGGCGGAUCUUGCCGGUCAUGUUUCUGACUUAUUUCCUGCAGUUUGUGGAUAAGAUUUCUCUGAAUUACGCCAAUGUGAUGGGCCUGCAGGAGGACCUAGGAAUGAGUGGGAAUGACUUCUCGUGGCUCGCGACGGCCUUCUUCAUUGCUUACGCCGUGGCUGAAGUGCCUCAGGGCAUCCUCCUCCAACGAUUCCCCAUAACCAAAGUCCUAGGAGUGAACGUCUUCUUCUGGGGCGUAACGCUCUGCUGCUCCGCCGCAGUCAAGAACUACGCAGGCCUAUGCGCCCUACGCGUCCUGCUCGGGAUGAUGGAAGCAGUAAUCGCACCCGCCUUGACCAUCUACACCAGCAUGUGGUACACAAGAGCCGAGUCCACCCCGCGCUUCGGGCUCUGGUACAGCGGCCUAGGCAUGGGCCAGAUCAUCGGCGGGCUCAUCUCGUUCGGAGCGCAGCAUGCCCCGCCCCAGCUGCCAUUCCACGGCUGGCGCAUCAUGUUCGUUGCUGUCGGCGCGGUGAAUAUCCUUGCUUCCAUCCUUGUGGUAUGUAUCCUGCCUGAAUCGCCGAUGAAGGCGACAGGGUUCCUCACGCAAGCCCAGCGGGAGAGAAUCGCCGAGAGACUUCGCGCUGAUACAGCUGGUGUCGGGGAGAAGGUAUUCCGGUGGGAGUCGCUGCUUGAGGCGACGGGGGAUGCGCAGACGUGGCUGCUGGUCUUGUUGGCGAUUCUCAUCACCAUUCCCAGCGGGGUGAUCACGACGUUUAGUGCCAUCUUGAUCAAGGAUUUUGGGUAUAGCAGCAAACAGAGUGCGCUGUUGAAUAUGCCCUCUGGGGUUGUGAGUAUUGCGGCGACGAUGCUGUCCACUUGGGCGAUUGCACGGGGAUACUCGCGCUGGGUGGCGAUUGAUAUCCUGCUCGUUCCGACGCUGCUGGGGUCUUGUUUGAUGUCGUUUUUGCCUGGCACGAACCAGGCUGGGUGUUUGGCGGGGAUUUAUUUGGUGAAUACGACUGUCGCCCCUUUGGCGUUGAUAUUCGCGUGGACUGGCGCCAAUUUCAAGGGAUACACCAUGAAGGUGGCAGGAAGCUCCCUCGUCUCUGCAGCGUUCAGCAUCGCCAACAUCAUCGGCCCACUGACUUUCCAGGCCAAAGAUGCCCCAGAGUAUAUUCCCGCCAAGAUCACCAUUCUAGCCGUUAAUGCAGGCGCCAUCGUCGUGGCCACGAGUCUGCGCAUUGUAUAUGGGAUACGCAACGCGCGGGCAGCACGUACAGGAGGCCCAGCACGGAGUCGGAUGGAGGCAAAACUGGAGAGUCGUGAGGGGGACAUGCAUGAUGCUACACAGGACAUCAAUAUUGAAUCAGUCAUGUCUACAAUCCUCGUAACCGGCGCCAACGGCUUCAUCGCCGCCCAUUGCAUCACCCGCAUCCUCUCACACAGUUCCCGCCUUCGCGUGCGCGGCACCGUGCGCACCGACGAAAAGGCCGAUGCUACUCGCACGGCCCUCUCGUCUGCGUGUGGGACUGGAAAUGGAGUGCCAAAUCUAGACCUCCUAGUCAUCCCCGACCCGACGGACGCGACGGCCAUGCGCGCCGCCAUGAGCGAGUGCGACGCAGUGCUGCAUCUUGCCAGCGCCUUCACCUAUGACGCGGCGCCAGGCGAGUUCGAAGAGAAGCUUCUGCGCCCUGCGAUUAAGGGCACGGUGGCGGUAUGCGAGGCAGCGGCCCAGACAGACAGUGUGAGGAAGGUGGUUAUCAUGUCCAGCUUUGCGGCUGUUUAUGAUGCUGCCAAGGGACUGUGGCCUGGAAAGGUGUAUACCGAGGAGGACUGGAGUCCGCUUGGGUAUGAGGAUGGGGUUUCUGGUGUUGUUGCAACGGCGUAUCGGGCCAGCAAGGUUGUUGCGGAGAGGGCGGCGUGGGAUUUUGUCCGUGAGCAUGAGGUACAGUAUAAACUGGUAACUCUCUGUCCUGGAAUGGUUUUUGGGACGAUGCUGCACCCGAUUGAGUCCUUGGACCAGCUGAAUGUCAGUAACGGGAUUGUAUGGGAUGUACUGAAGGGAGAUAAUGGGAUUCCUGCAACCAAGGCGCCUGUCUGGGUAGAUGUCGAUGACCUGGCUAUCGUGUCGCUGAAGGCUCUGACGGUGGAUCUCCCUUCUCAUGAGCGAUUCCUCGUCACGGCAGGUGCAUACGAUACGCAGGAGAUCGCGGAUGUUGUCCGGGAUGCACUACCGGAAACACGGGGCAGAGUUCCGGUUGGAGAGCCUGGAAAGAGGAUCAGGUCUACUCAUUACUCUUGUGAUUCUAGCAGGGUGCAGCGCGUGCUGGGGGUGCAGUUCAUGGGGUUGGCGGAGAGUGUGAUACCGCUGGCAAGGCAGUUGUAUGCGAUGGAGCAGCAAGAACUAAGAAGAUAGAUAUCAUCGAGAUCUAGAAGCAAUAUUACUCAGUUAGGUCUUGAGGCUAUCUACAUGCAACGCAACACGGAUAUGCUCAGCGGUCAUAUCAAUGAACUCCCUCGCCUGCCAGAGAUCUUUAUCCAUAUGCAUAAACGGAUGCGGAACCCCAGGGAACCGCUUGAUGACAACCUCAUUCCCAGCCUCCACCAGCCUGCGCGCAUACGCCUC